UACGACAUUAUCAAGGACGUCGUUUCUGACUGGUUCGUCUCCAGUGCCAAUGGAAGCUCAGGAGAAACCCGAAGAAACUGUAUCCCAACAUUCUCCGAAACUAGCUGGGACUGUCAACUGGGGGACAGCAACUGUUGCCGGAGUGUUUGCAGGCAUGUUGUAUGGUGGUAGCAAGGAGGCAUCUGCUUCCGUUAGCAAGGAUGCUGAAGUUAUGUUGAAGCUUGGGAGCACACCAGACAAGCGUGAGCAAUAUCGUAUGAUGAGAGAUGCAAUGGAGAAAAGGUUCAUCCGAGUCACGCGGGGUUCAAUAAUUGGCGGAGUGCGUCUUGGGUUGUUCACUGCUACCUUUUAUGGUUUGCAGAAUCUGCUUGCUGAGAAAAGGGCUGUGCUAGAUGUUUUCAAUAUUGUGGGAGCUGGUUCUGCCACUGCUGCGACAUUCGGGCUAUUAUUGCCAGGAUCAUUACAAUGGCGUGGAAGAAAUAUGUUGCUGGGGUCAAUCCUUGGAGGAGCCAUUGGUUUCCCACUUGGGUGGGCACACUUGAAGCUGGUGGAGAUGGCAAAUGAAGGGAAUCCCACCUUGCAUCAAAGAGAACCACAGAGUGGUGUUGGUGCUGCUAUUGAGAGGCUUGAAGAAAAUUUGAAUAAGUAGAACAACUCUGACGACGUAUGCAAAGGAGUAUGAAGACUCGGAGAUUUUAAGAUGAACUAGAGUAUGACAGGAUUUUGUGUUACCUUUCUCCUUGUAUAUUCUGAGCAUGUUCCAUGGUGACAUUAUAUGCUGAGAAAUAACAGCACCUAGUAACAAGCGAGGAUUUUAAUGAAUUUUGAUCUCUACAAAGUGGUUUUGACCCCUGAAUACUUUGCCAUAUCUUUUCAGUCAAUCUACCAAUGUUCAUCACCCC